AUGCUCCAUGGACUGGAGAUCAACGGCUCGGCAGCAAACAGUACGAGGCAGCUCAUGUCCAAGCUAACCCAGGCAUGCGAUGCAUCAAUGCGUAAAGCAGGACGAGGUACAAAGCACCAACCUGUAUACUGGUGGAACCAGGAUAUCGCCAAGGCCCGCAAGGAUUGCUUUCAGGCACGACGAAGGUACCAGAGGACCCUUACACUUGGAUCCCACAGAGCAGACGCCCAUCACCAGGCACUGAGGGAAAAAAGGCGCAUAUUGAAAUCGCUGAUUAAAAGCAGCAAGAGGAAGCUGUUCCUAGAGCUUUGCGACGAAGCCGACGCCGACCCCUGGGGGUACAAGCCACCUGAAGACCCUUCCGGGUACAGACCCAUUUGUCUGCUCGAUUCGGUAGGCAAGGCUCUCGAGAGAGUAAUCUGCACGCGACUCAAUGCAGAGAUUGACAGAGUUGGGGGUCUCUCUGAGUCGCAGUUUGGCUUCCGGAAGGCCCGAUCAACAAGGCACGCAAUCCAGGAGGUGACAGACCUGGCAAAAAAGGCCAUAGAAGGCAAACGCUGGCUGUGGGGUGAAAAAGAGUACUGCCUGGUAGUAACCCUAGACGUCAGGAAUGCGUUCAAUUCAGCGAACUGGGAAAAGAUUAUGCAAAGUCUGAACAAUCUGAGCAUAAACCCACACCUGAUAGGCAUAAUAGGAAGCUACCUAAAUGGCAGAAUUCUUCGCUACCAAACCAGUGAAGGAACGAAAACGUACGAAGUCACAGGAGGAGUCCCACAGGGAUCGGUCCUCGGCCCGACCCUCUGGAAUCUCAUGUACGAUGGCAUUCUACGGCUGAGACUUCCACCAGGCGUGAAAAUGAUCGGGUUUGCGGACGAUGUGGCGAUAGUGGCAGUAGGCAAACACCUACGUGAACUGGAGAUAGCCACCAACAGGGCAAUCGUACAGGCCCAAGAAUGGCUAACCAAUGCAGGAUUGAGCCUAGCAGAGCACAAAACGGAGGCGGUACUCAUAAGCUCGAGGAAGACCGUGGAAACCGCGAACCUGACGGUACAUCUGAAGCUAGUAGCCGACAAGGCAUCAGUGGCAUGCUCUGCAUUGGCCCGCAUAAUGCCAAAUACCAGAGGUCCGAAGGAGUUGCGCCGCAGACUCAUCAGUGGUGUAGUGCGUUCGAUAACCACAUACGCAGCAUCAAUCUGGCGGAAGCAGAGCAGCGAACAGGCAGAUUUCCCUAAGCGAGUGGCAGCGCAGGUGGAGUUCAUCCAACAAAGGCGCAUGGACGCGUACCCUCAUCCCGGAGUGAGUGAAUGGGUAAACAGGAAACACGGACAGGUGAACUACUACCUGACGCAACUUUUGAGCGGACACGGCUGUUUUAAAGACUACCUCUUCCGUUUUGGGCAUGAGGCAGACCCACUCUGUCCCAGAUGCGGGAUAGGAUACCCGGAAGACGCCGAGCACGUGUUUUUUAACUGUCCGAGAUUCAGAAGAGAACGAGAAAGUGUGGAACGGAAGUAUGGGGAACCGGUGACGCCAUCGAAUCUUGUAUACCACAUGCUGGCAAACAUGGACAAUUGGGAGGCUGCAGAUGAAAUGGCGAACGCAGUCAUGAAGGAGCUACGGCGGGAAGAAAGAUCCCGGAGAACGGAAGACGGCCGAUAA